AUGUCAAUCCUAACAACCUACACCACCCACAAAACCUCCAAAAUAGCGCACCUAACAAUCUCCCGACCCAAAUCCUUCAUAGGCGGUGCAGACCUAAAAGAAUUAUCAACCCUCCCCAACGCCGCCGCAGCACGCAAGUUCAUAACAUCCGUCCACGAAACAUGCACCGCUAUCCGCACCUGUCCCGUCCCGGUCAUCGCGCGCAUUAAUGGGUUUGCCCUGGGCGCGGGAUUGGAAAUUGCAGCGGCUUGUGAUAUCCGUGUUGCCGGGACCGGGGCGGUUUUUGGGAUGCCUGAGGUCCGCCUCGGCAUCCCCUCCGUCGUCGAAGCAGCCCUUCUCCCCGGCCUAAUUGGCUGGGGUCGUACAAGACAACUGCUAUUACUUGGCGGGACGAUUUCUGCCCAGGAAGCGCUUAGCUGGGGGCUUGUUGAGCGGGUUGUUAAGGAUGAGGAGCUUGACGGGGCUGUUUCCGAGUGGGUUGGGGAGAUAGGGAAGAAUGGGCCGCUUGCUGUGCGCAGACAGAAGGCUUUGAUUUCGAGGUGGGAGAAGCUUUCGCUGAAGGGUGGGAUUGAGGCUGGGAUUGAGGCUUUUGGGGAGUGUUUUGAGAUUGGGGAGGAUGGGGGGACGGAGCCGGGGAGGAUGAUGGGGGAGUUUUUUAGGGAGAAGGAGGAGGGUAAGGCGAGGAUUGAGGUGAAGGAUAAGGAUAAGAAUAUUGGUAAGGACAAGGGAGAGGGGGAGGAGGGGUUAGGGUUCUGA